AUGCGCAGUCGCUGGGUCGACUCGCUCAAGCGCAGCAUCUCGGCGUCCCCGCGGCACGACGAGCGGCGGCCAUCGCCUUCGAGCACCCCGUCCACCACUGCUGCGCACGCGGCCACGUGUGCGCCCGGUCUCGUGGGAGCGGCCACUGCCGCGUACGCGCACGACGUCGAGCGCUGCACCGGCGUCGGCGUCUGUUCCGUCGCGCGCGUGCUCGAGGACUGCGUGCUGCAGGGCGGUGUGCACCACACGCACAUGCACGUGCUCACGUACUUGGGACGGCCGCUGCGCUCGACGUGGUGCUGUUAUCCCGUGUCGGUGCAGUGGUUCCGCGCGGUGGGGGACGAGGACGAUUUCCAAGUGAUCCCUGGGGCGUGUCACGAGUGGUACACGCCUACGGCCGACGACAUUGGCGCGCGGGUGCUGGUGAAAGUCAUGAUUGAAGACAAGGACGGGCUCAAGACCAAGAUGCUCGAGUACGGACCGAUCCAAGAGGACCCGCAAGUGAGGAGCAAAGUGGAGCUGUACCUCGAGCGCAAGUCGGUGCUUUUCAUGGGGCUGCAGAGCCUCUCGGUGCAGAAACGAGACAAUGGCUGUCUGCACGAGGACGAACUACGAGAGAGCUGGACGUUGCUAAGUGACGAUCGCGUGGUGCGGCUGACGUGUGAAUCGUCGCUACUUCCUCCGUUUGAGAGGCGGUAUUCUACAGAGAUCAAGCUCAAGAUCGCUUGCAACACACCCAACGAGUUCUUUCUUUACCUGGGCGAAGACUGCUUCGUUCGGCUUCGAGCCGAGUCCAACACGGUGCGGGAUAUUAUUGUGCUCACGCUGCGUAUUUUCUGCAAGAUGGCCAUAUCGGACGAGAAUGAGCAUGAUGCCGUUGCUUGCGGGCUACCCCCAGUGAUCCUACGCAAGAUCGCGCCGGACGGAGAAACCACGAAGCAGUCCCCAGUAGGUGUCAGUACAAACUUUGACGGAUUACUGGGAUUGAAAUGCAUGCUGAGGUUGUACACGCCGUCUCUUGAAUGCGACCAGCAGACUACGGACAACACUUCUCGAACGCCACUUCCUGCUCUGGCGCGUGAUCUACCGUGGAAUCAGUCUGCGAGCAGCUUUGUCAGUAAGGUUCGUCCCGAGUCUUCAGCUGCAAGCGCUGAUCUUGAAGCACUGGACGAAUGUCAAAGAGCAGAUAUCGGGCCGUCCAGUGAUGCAAUACCGAUUUCUACAAGCAGCAUGGGUGAAGACGUCGGAGGUCAAGAGUGUCAGCAUAUCGACGACACAGCUGGCUGUUUACUGUCGGACGCUGAUGCGCUUAUCGACACUACACAAAAGAUUGGUGGACCUCACCAGACGUUGCCCCGCGCUUCAAAGCGCAUUUCGAUAUCGGAUAUCCCGAAUUUGGAAAUUGUUGAGGUGACGGAAAGCGUACAUGAAGGGAGCACAAGCUUUUGGCAAGAAAAACAAAGAGCUCGACAGCGGCAGCUAGAUCAGCGUCGUUGUCGACGAAGCAAUGGCAGUGCUGGCGACUGCGAAUCAGGAGACGAUUGCGAAAAAGGUGGAAGCAGUAUCGAUGUCGAUAGAAGCGGCGCUGCUGGGACGCUUGGGACGAUUGAUGCUAGCUCUAUCAAUAAGUUGAUCGAGGACUUUAUGGCAGAUGAGACGCUAGUGGAGCGUUCGGAUGGAGCGGCAUCACGAGAUCGCUACGUCGCUAUCUUUUGUUUGCUGCAGCGCGAGCUACGCUCGUACGAGCAGCGCGUUGCAACAUUGUUGAAGCAGCUCGAGGAAAAGCAGGAGCUUAACGCUAGUUUGCGAAAGGACAUUGAGUCGCUGCAUAGUGCCCUCACGUCGAUGCAGCUGGCUGACAAAGUGUACAAUCUCGUGUCCACCGAUUUGCAACAGCUCGUAACAAGCACAGCCGCCAAGACGGGAAGAACAGACGAAUGA